GCACUACUACCAAUCUGAACAGCAUUAGUAAUAGUAGUCCCUCAUCUCACUCUCUCUUUCUCUCUUUAAUAUACUACUUUCUCUCUCUAAAGUGAGUUGUUAAAACUUGUCAAGACAAGAAAAGUAUGAAGGGAAAGUUUGUGAAAAUAUGCAUGAACAAGAUGAAGAAAAAUAUGGGAAGUACUAGUACUAGUAUUAAUACUAAAGUGAGUCCUUGUCUAGGCUGCGAAUACUGUUGCCAAUGGAGUUUGUGGCCUUUCAUUCAAAACAAUGAUGAAAAGUACUCAAAUCAACAUAAAAAUCAUCAUCAAAUUCCAAAGGAUGUUCCAAAGGGUCACAUGGUGGUUUACGUAGGAAAAGAGUACUACAAGAGGUUUGUCGUAAAAAUAAGCUUGCUUAAUCACCCUCUAUUCAAGGCAUUGCUUGAUCAAGCUCGAGAUGAGUUUGACUACAACGCCGGCGACUCCAAGCUCUGCAUACCUUGCGAUGAGAGCCUCUUCAUCGACGUGGUUCGCUGUGCGAGCUGUCCUGAUGCCAAUGCAGACAGAUCAAAGAUUUGGCUUUGUUGUCUCUCAUCGUGAUCAUGAUCAUCACCACUUCACUACUACCUUCAUGUCUUUAACCAGAAGAAAGAGUUGAGAUUGAAAAAAUUCAAUUCAUUAUAUUAUUAUUGAUUAAUAUGAGAUGUAUCAGUAACCCUGUUUUUGCCUGUAAACUAUGUAGAAUUAAUUAAUUUGUAAACAUAAUAUUAAUUAUCUUAUCCUGUGUUUUGUUAGUUAGAUCACCAGAGUUAAUGUAAUUGAUCCAUUCAAUAAUGGGAGAUUCUUACGAGAUCCAUGUAUAGAAGAAGCUAGAGAUCGUUGUGUC